AUGCCACCCGACGCGUCGCCGACUCGCAUUCCGGUGAAGAUCGCGACCUUGCCUCGAUUAGCCGCUUCAAUUAAAAGCGAAAAAACAGUAUGUUAUUGGGAAGAAUUCAGGAUUUAUAUUCUUUUCUUUUUACAGUUUGUCGUCCUCAGUUGCCUUGUUGCAUUUGCAAGCGCUGGUCUUCUCCCAGCUGCUCAAGUUUCGUACUCGGCACCUCUGACCUAUACCAGCCACGCUGUCCAAGCCGCUCCCGCAUACUAUGCUGCUGCUCCAGUAGCCAAGAUCGCUGCUCCAGUGGCAUACGCCGCCCCUGUCGCCAAGGUUGAAGCUUAUGAUGCCAACCCACAGUACAGCUUCUCUUACGACGUUCAGGAUGGACACACUGGAGACUCCAAGUCUCAGCAAGAAACCCGCGAUGGUGACGUCGUGAAGGGCUCCUACUCCGUCGUCGACCCCGACGGCACCAAGCGCACUGUUGAGUACACCGCCGACCCCCACAACGGUUUCAACGCCGUCGUGCACAGAGAGCCCCUCGCCCACGCCGCUAAGAUCGUCGCCCCCGUCGCCAAGGUGGUCGCCCCUGUAGCUUACCAAGCCGCUCCCGUCGCGUACACUGCUCCCAUCGCCAAGGUAGCGGCUCCAGUCACCUACCACUCCGCCCCAGUCGCCUACGCUGCCCCCGUCGCUAAGGUGGCUGCAUACCAGGCUGCCCCGUCCUACACCUACCACAGUGCUCCCGUAGUGCACUCUGCCCCCGUCGCCUACUCCACCCCCUACUACCACCAUUAAGUUGUUACGUAACAAACUUUAAUGCCAUGUUGUAAAUAAAUUAUAAUUUAUUGAUUAAA